CAGUUACCAAAAACUUGAAAUCUCCUCUGACUGUAAAUCAUAGCAAUGCAUAACUGCCCUAUUAUUUGUUCAAAACAAUUUUUAAGCCUUCAUGGAAAGUAUGUAUUUGUUGUAACUGCAAGACGACUUAUUUCUGGGAAUGGAAAAAAGGAAACAAUUGUAAAAGUUAGCGAUAAAAAUCUUGCUGUUAAUAGUUUGAACUCUUGGAAUAGGGAUAGUUCUAGUUCUCUGGAAGAAAAUAGCCAGAAAGAGAAUGUUGAGUUUGAGUUGAGAAAUAAGAUCAAAGUCAGUGAUGAAAGUAGUGGUAGUAGUAGUAAGGUCAGGUAUAAUGAUUUCAAUAUUCAAAUGUUAUCAACAUCUCUCUACAAUCAGUUGUUCGGUGACAUCGAUUUAACAACUAACUCUGAGUUGAUAAACUCUUCACGAGAAGAAUUGAUGAAGCACAACUUGUUGACAAAACAGGUACAAGUAUCAGACGUUGCGAUUGAUUUACCAAAAUUAAAAGGCGGAAAUUUAGAGGAACAUUUUUGGAAUAUAGGGGAGGAACAAUGUGGAGCUUAUCGGAAGCUAGUUGAAGAUUUGAUCAGUGUUGGAGCACCCAAAGUUCCUCAGAAUUGGGUUUUCAAGCCGGGUUGGACAAGGUAUAGUGAGAAUGGAAGUGAAUGUGUGCAUUAUCCGCAGGAGAAGGCGCUUGUUUUCGAUGUGGAAGUUUGUAUGAGUGAAGGAGAGAUGCCCACCAUGGCUACAGCUGUCAGUAAGAAGGCAUGGUAUAGCUGGGUCAGUCCAGAUCUGGUAGAUGGAAGCAAAAAGUACAAUAUCGGCAAUAGAACCUAUACUACUGACCGCCUAAUACCCAUAGAAUCGGGGCCCAAAACGCAUGGGUUUGAUUUGAAAAAGAAGCUGAAAGAGCCCAUGAUAGUGGUUGGGCAUAAUGUUUCGUUCGACCGAGCCAGAAUCAAGGAGCAGUACUGGUUGGAGAAAACUGGCUCGAGAUUCCUCGACACAAUGUCUAUGCACGUGUGUGUCAGUGGAGUCACCAGUUACCAGAAAGCUAUGUUGAAAUCAGGAAACAGGAUUGAUGGUGAGAAUGAUUGGAUGAACUUCAGUUCACUAAAUAGUUUGAGCAAAGUUCAUCAACUGUACUGUGGCACCGAGUUGGAGAAAGAGAAGCGAGAUAUUUUUGUGACUGGUAGUUUGUCAGAUGUGAGGAAUGAGUUCCAAGCAUUGAUGACGUACUGUGCUGGAGAUACAUUGGCAACUUUCAACGUUCUAGUCAAAUUGUUUCCCAUGUUUCUCGAAAGAUUUCCUCAUCCUGUCACCCUAGCUGGCAUGCUUGAGCUGGGCUCUGCCUACUUACCUGUUAAUGAAAACUGGACUCGUUACAUAGAUGACUCUAACCGCACUUUUUACGAUUUCGAAAAUGAAACAAAGCAUCUACUGACUCAACGUGCGAAUCAUGCAUGCGGUUUACUGGAGGGCGAUAGAUAUAAAGAUGAUCUGUGGCUUUGGGACCAGGAUUGGUCGGUACAACAUUUAACUUUGAAGAAAAAUACUAAAUCCAAAGUGAAAAAUGCUGAGCAAAAUAUUGUUGAGGAAGGGGAGAAGAGUAAGAAGAAGCCACGAAAAUCUAUGAAGAUGGUGAGUGAAUCUAUGAGUCAAGAUAGUAAAGAAGAACAUCUCAGCAACGAUGCUAUUUCGAAGAAAAUGAAAGAAUUAAAAAAGUUUGAAGAUGUUGAUUCCAAUAUUAAAAAUGAGGUACUACUAUCAAUUAAUAAUAAUCUUGAACCCCAUAUUCUGUUAGAUGAGAUAAAAAACAACGAGUUUGCCUGUGAACAAGAUGAAUCAUUCAUUGCACUUGACAAGAAGUUCAACUAUCUCAUGAACAUGCAUAAUUUUUUUCCCAAGAAAAUGCCUCACCUACCAGGCUAUCCGCUAUGGUACCGCAAACUAUGCCUCAAAUUCGGAACAGAAGAUUGGAUCCCUGGUCCAGUGCUAAUCAGCACAGGAAUGCAGAUUGCUCCCAAACUGCUGUCGUUGACAUGGAAAUCUAUGCCUUUACACUAUAUGAGAGGAGAAGGCUGGGGAUAUUUAGUACCAUAUGAUACUAAUAUCAAAGUUGAAAAUGACCAAUUGAUACCCAAAGAUAAAUUUAUUGAUUACUGUAUCAGUGUCAAGAAUAGUGUGAUAUGUAGUUGUAAGAGAAACAUUGAAACCAGGGAAAAAGUAGUGGAUAAGGAGAAAAUUCAUGAAGAUGUGCAGACAUCAUUGGUGAGAUUCAUUUGUAAGAAGUUACCACAAAAGAAGGCAAUGAAGAAACUGAAGGAGGAUAAAUUGUGCUUGGAACAGAUUAGUAAAGAGAAAAAUGUCGGUUUUAUAAAGUUGCCUCAUAAGAACGGCAAAGAUUUUAAUGUAGGUAAUCCGUUGGCCAAAGAUUUUGUGUCAAAGUUCUCCGAGAAUGAGUUGGGCAGUUCAGAUGCGAAAGCUCAGCGAAUAAUUCAGAUCAGUAGGAUGUUAUCGUAUUGGCGGAAUAACAAGGAUCGUGUAGAAGGUCAGAUUGUGGUUUGGCUGGGAAGGAAGGACAUUGAACCCGAGCUGCAGGGGUUGGGUUUGGGUGCCAUCUUGCCACAAGUGAUCAGUUGCGGUACAUUGACGAGGCGAGCUGUGGAGAGGACGUGGAUGACAGCUAGCAAUGCUGUCGACGAUCGUAUUGGGUCAGAGUUGCGAGCCAUGAUCCAAGCUCCCAGUGGAUUCAACUUUGUGGGCGCAGAUGUCGACGCGCAAGAACUGUGGAUUGCUUCGCUGAUAGGUGACGCCUACCACGCCAAGCAACACGGCGCCACACCCUUUGGUUGGAUGACAUUGAGUGGCAGCAAGUCAGACUGCACCGACAUGCACAGUGUCACUGCUAAAGCGGUCGGAAUCACCCGCAGUGACGCCAAAGUCAUCAACUACGCUAGGAUCUACGGUGCUGGUCAAAAUUUCGCUGAACGUCUACUGAAACAGUUCAACCCGGAUAUGUCCGUGGAGGAUGCAAAACAGAAGGCUAAGAAGAUGUUUGUGAUGACCAAGGGAAAACGAGUUUAUAGGUUGUUGGAUGGUGUGUUACCUGACAGUGAUAAGAGAGAAUUCACAAAGUUUGGUGCGAGGGAAAUUUGUAAACUAUAUGGGAAGAACUUUGAGGAGCUGUUUGAAGCAGCCAAAUGGGUGGAAGGUUCGGAGUCGGCCAUGUUCAAUCGUUUGGAGGAGAUAGCGGGCAGUGAUGAGCCACAAACACCGUUUCUGAGUGGGAGACUGAGUCGAGCGCUUGAGCCGACCCGUGACACAGACGACCAAUUCGUGCCGACCAGGAUCAAUUGGGUGGUGCAGAGUGGAGCAGUCGACUUCCUGCACCUGAUGUUGGUGUCGAUGAGGUGGCUGAUGAGCGACGAGGCCCGCUUCUGCCUCAGUUUCCACGACGAAGUGCGCUACUUGGUCAGGAGUCACCUCAAGUACGAGACUGCACUCGCGCUGCACGUGACAAAUCUUUUGGUGCGCGCGUUGUGCGUGCGGCGACUCGGCAUGACUGAUCUGCCGCGAUCAGUUGCGUUCUUCUCGUCGGUCGAGGUUGACACCGUCCUCAGGAAGGAGGCCGACAACCAGUGCAUCACUCCCUCCAAUCCGUUUGGGCUGCAGAAGGGCUACGCGGUGCCGCCUGGCGAGAGCCUCGAUAUUGAUGCUGCCAUCAGCAAGGCUAACGGCGUCGUUGGAAUCCAUUCAACACAUUGACUUCAAUUUUUGACAAAAUAAAAUUCAGGUGGUCUGAUUACUCAAAUUUGAAAUUGAUUUGCCAAAAAGUUCCAAUACAAAUAUACAGGAUGCUCUAAGAUACAACAAAUCAUCUCAAAGCAAAAAAUACAAGAAAUUCAUUUCGCUAUUCAUUUCGAAACACAUAGUCACUAAUAACAAAAUUAUUCAACAUUAAUUCAUCAAUAAUUCAAAAUAAAUCAACGUCUUAUUCUUUCAACAAAAUAAUUAUAACAAGAUAAUACAAGUACAUGCAAUGCAACACCAAAUUGAAACAUUCAUUAAUUUGAAACUAUAUUGAUCGUCUUCACUCUUAGUUGAACCCAAGGGGGUACUUCAAUGCAGCAAUGCAAUUUGACUGGAAUUUUCAACAUUUUCAAACUAGCUCUCAUAGUAAAUUCAGUUGAACCUACUCGAAAUUCAAAUUGAUCUGCAAAAAAAUCAAUUAGCCAGAAUGUAAUAAUGUACAAAUACAAGAAUAUACUGUAGUGAGGUCCACGUUAUAAUGGCAGUGUAGGAAGAUAAGAAAAAGGGUUGCCAGAUCUAAGCCUUGCCACCCAAACAGCUGAUACUGGUAUAUCUGAUGAAUUUAACUGUUCAUUAUUGUUGAAAAUAGUUCAUAUUUUAUUUGUCAAGAAAAUAUAUUUUUUAAAGAUGUGAUAAUAAAUUUUCAUGAUUGAGAUUAAAUAUUUUGUCUAUUAGUUUAAUUUCUACAUUGUUGAUAAACGAUGUGGUAACAUCGCAAUGCGUGAAAGAGCAGCGCCAUCUGCUUUGUUGAACGAUAGACAAAGAUAGCAACACCAUUGCAAAUCACACACUGCCAUUAUAACGUGGACCUCACUAUAGUAAUCAAUUACUGUAUAAUGUUAUCUGUCAUAAUAAAACUUCCAGAUUCUAUAUAAAUGGUUGCAAGAUUUCUUAUAAAUUAUAAUCAUAUUGUGGUCGAAUAAUUACCCUCUUAAUCGAAAGGGUAAGUUCUCAAAUGCAACAAAUAAAUUAAAUUAUAAUUGAAAGUUUUUAUACUUGAUUAAGGAAUCAAAUAGUCUUCACACUGUAGUUUGAAGCUGAAUUUGAACUAUUGGAUAACAUCAAAGCAAAGGUUUAUUUUAUUGUAGGGCUGUAUGCACAGUUUUAAUGAUUUAAUCGUAGUUGUGCAAUUGCUAUUGUGAUUUAAUUAAUAGUUGUGAUGGAAGAAAUAUUUUUGUCCAAUUUUUGCCUUCUCAAAUAUCUACACUUCAAUUACUCAUUUAUAUACAGUAUCUCUAGAUAUUAGUUUUGUAAAGGCAAAUGCACAGAGAAACAGACGGAGAAAAAAAUCCCUGUUAAGGUGUUCAAAUGUUGCAACGCACACAGAUUGUCUACAAAGUCUGUCUACAUACGUCUGCUCGAAUCUGCAUGCAGAUCUUUAAUUUUGUUCUUGGUCUGUCAGCAUAAGUCUGUUUCAUGUUGUGUGUUUUCGCCUUUCGCGAAAUUCAUUAUGAUUCCCUGAUGACUUAAAUUAAGCAGUGAUUCUUAGAAUAAGCAAAGUUGAAGUACUGUGAUAGAAAUGUGUAUUCACUAGAGGGUAGUACAAAAAUGCAAUACUGCGCAUGUUUUGUCACAAUUUAUAAGAACAGUGAGAACAUAAACUCGGUCAAAUAUUACCCACUGCUGAAAAUUCAUAAUUGCAGACUCAAAACUACUAAUUUGUUAACUCUAACAUAAUAAUAUUCAACACGAUUCUUGAGAUUCUUAGGUAUGCUCUAAUAUAGGUUGAUGAUGUCUAAGUUCACAAAUGUUGCCCAACUAAGCUACUGUUGAGAAAAUGCAACCUUCUGAUUUUUUUCAAUCGCAAUCGACUCAACGAUUUGUCAGUUAUUCAUACCAAUAAUGUAAUGAUAAUCUCUCCGUUGAUAUAAACAAAAACUAUUUCUAAGUAUGUAUGACAAAGAGUUACAGUAACAUUUAAGUAAAAAAAAUCAAACACAUACAACAGACGGACGUUUGUAGACAGGCGAAGGAAAAAUACUUCCCCAGGUGUUUGAAUGUUGCAACACCACAAAGACAUCCGUCCGCCUGCUUAGGUAUGCUCAAGUCUGCAUGCAGACGUUUGAUUUUUUUCUCCGUCUGUCUGUUGCUGUGUAGCUUACGUUUGCCUUGAUGCUGAAAUUUUGUGAAUGCAGCUAUUCGUCAUGACAUCCUCCUAACAUUCUCAAGUAUUUGAAAUAAUUCUAAAGAUCGAAAGGUUGGUUAGCUAUCAAAUGAAAAUAGAUCGAUAUGGUUAGUUUAUUUUGGUCAGAAACCUUCCAAUAUGUUUGAGUUAUCUCAUUAUUAUUCAUAUUGGAUGUUUAAGUUUUUCUGUUGGAAGUUGAGGUGCCACAGUUGAUAGGUUUCUGAUGUUUUUUC